AUGCCUCAAUUAGCAAUCAGUCCCUAUUUUAAUAUUACUAAUAAUCAUAAUUUAAUUAAUGGUAUAAUGAAUACUACUUCUGAGUUUAAUGUUCCUGAUUCUUCUACAAUAGGUAAAAAUAUAAUUUCUACCGCUUCUAAUUUAAAUAAUUCUAAUAUCAAUAAUAAUAAUAAUAAUAAUAAUAAUAAUCGUAAUAACAAUAGUAAUAAUAAUACCACUACUAGACAGAAAAGACAUGUCUCUACUUCUUAUAAUAUCCAAGACUUUAAUUUUCAUAAAAAGCGAAUAACUAAUGAUCAUGAUUUUGUUAAUUACAACUAUAAUACAUAUAUCAAUAAUCCUUAUAAGAUUAAGAAUGGAAAUAAUACUUUACCUAUAAAUACUCCAUUUUUUCAAAAUGUUUCAAAAUAUCCUGAGUUAACAAAUAAUACCAACAUCACCAAUAAAAACGACCCUCAUAUUAGCAAAAAUACAAGUACAAAUUUCAUUUCAAGUGAGCAGCCAUCUUUACCUAUUAUGAACACUCCUAUCAAUGUCUUAAGAAAAGAAAGUAUUAAUAAAAAUAGUGUAGAAACACCACAACCUUCGUUAGGAUUCUCUGAACAAGGUCAUUCACCGUAUUAUAUCACAAAUAAUUCCUACACAAAUUUAAAAAAUUAUAAGAAUGGUAACAUAGAUAAUACUACCACAACAAAUCAUAAUAAUUUAAUUAACAGUGAUACAAGGAUUAGUGAAAUGUUAAAGCAGCAAACUGCAAAUACCCCAUUAGAGCAUCACAAUUAUUUGACAAUUACUGAAUUAACAAAUUCUAACAAGCCUACAUUUAUUGAUAAUUCCAAUGCCAGUCGAGUAAUUAAUAACGAUACAAAACAAAAUAACAUAGUAAAUGAUAAUGACAACAAUAAUAAUAAGCCUAUACCGCAAGAAUAUGCCCAACAAAAUGUUAACAACAACAAUAAUAUUUCAGGAGACUAUAGUUAUUCUUAUGACUAUAAUAAUAAUAAUCAAGACAAUUCAAACAUAAAUCAGGAUAAUGAUACAUCUGAAAGAUACAAUAAUGUACCUAGUCAAAAUGGUAAUCACAACAGUAAUAACAACAAUAACAAUAACAAUAGUAAUAAUGGUAAUCCAAAUAGCAAUAACGACAAUAAUGAUAAUUCAAAAAACAAAAAGUCAAGCCAAGCCUUAGUUCAAAAGUUACAAGAAAUCUAUAAGGUUAUUGUUAGACAGGAAAUUGAAUUACAAGAACGUUGUUCUCAGUUAACUACUUCACAUACUACAGAGUUGAAAAAUUUAUGGACAAUUUAUAGAAUUAACACGGAUCUAAUUAAUAAUUACACAACUUUUAUCACUACUGCAUUAUUACCUUCACAGUCUCCGCAGGAUACAUUAAUAGGUGAAGAAAUUGUAGAAAUUUAUAGAAUUGAAAGAAGAUUAUGGGUAUACGGUACUAUAACAUUUUUAGAUGUAUUAAAAAAUUUUUCAAAUUUUAUGGAUCCUGAAGUAUGUGCCCAAUUUAUCACACAUGUAUUUAUUUCAUUAUCCGCUAUAUUGAUUGAUAUACCACAGAAGCAUGCUAUCCAGUGGCUGCAACGAUUAGGUGAUCUUUCAAGAAUGGCUAUUGCUUUAUACCCGUCAGGUUUUAUUGAUUGGAAACUAAGUGCUGAAUAUUGGUAUAUGGAGGCUAUGAAAUUUAUUUAUGGUCAUGGAAAAUUAUAUUAUCAUAUGUCCACUGUCCAACAAAACACUUUAGAAGCAUUUGUAAACCUAGGUAAAAGUGUAUUUUGUCAAGAUACUUUUACUCCAUCACAGCAAUAUAUGCAAUUAGUUAUUGAUAAUAUUUAUCAGCGUACAUUUGUAGAGAGAAGUAGCACAGGAAGUUAUAGAAAUGCUGAUUUAAUCGAUUAUUUGAAACACAGCGAAGUGAUGUUGCUACCAAGUUUCUUGGGAAGCAGUGAUCUGCAGCAAGUUGUUUUAAAUUAUUUCCAAGAUAGAUUUGGUAUUGAUUUCAACGACAAUAAUAUUUUCAAUAAUAAGAAUAUGUUUUGUCAGCCACCAGCUUCUCUAAGAUUUUUCUUUCGUCAUGCUCCUGCAUUUGCUGAGUCCCAUAUUUUGCAGUUAAUAGGGUUUGGCGAUCCAAAGAAUCCAUUCGCAUUAUUGUUUGACUUACCAAAAUAUUUGAAAGAGAGAAAAGAUAAAAAGGAAAAAAAUAAAUCCAAAUCAUCAUCAUCAAACGGUGAAGUUUCCAACGGAAGCACCACAACAUUAGCUACUACCACUACUGAUAAUGAUAUCAAUGAAGAUAUCUACAAUUCUUCAGCAAAUAAUCUAUCUGGCAUUAGUUACUUAGAAAAUGUGGAAUCUUUAAAAUAUCCUAUUGAAGAUCCUGAUAUUUGUACAUGGAUCAAAUCCUUAGAUUACAUCAAUAUGACUUCUUUAAGAUGUUCUAUGAUUGUAUUGAAGAAGUUUUUACAUGCACCUUUUGUUAUUACUUUGCCGCAUCUUUUACCAUGGACAUAUUUUAUUAUAGCAUCAGGGUUAAAGAUCAAAUCCUUAAAUGAUGAAAAAAGCUACAAAUUUUGGAAAAUUUUAAUGAAGAGGAUAUUUCCUUGGAAUACAAUAACAAGCUUCUUAAAUGUUUUGUUAGCAUAUAUUUUAGAUAAUUUUUAUGAAUCACAUCUUAUUGAAAAACUUUCAAAUGCAUACUCUCAACAUUCUCUAGAAGAAUUGUUAGAAUAUUUCAAUGAAAAUGAAGAUUUACCAGAAAUUUGGAAAUGUUGGGGUACGUUGUGGUUUGAUGUUAUAUGUGACAAACAUGCUAUCACUAGUGAUACUUUAAGAGGAUUUGGGAUCAAUGAUCAUAUGUUUUUAGAUUUUCCAAUCGAUGGUAUUGGAUUUGAUUCCAGUGAUGAGACAGGUGAAAAAUUUUGGAGACGUGCAAUUAGAAUUAUAUUUUUGUUUAAAGGUAUUGCAGAGAAUUUUGAUUUUGGAUUGAAAGUCAAUUACAAUACCCCAGUAUUCUGUAACAGAAAUGAUGUUAAGGAUAGUCAUAUUUUAAGACAAUUUUCUUUUAAAUUGGAACCAUACAAUGAACCUACAUCAACCAGAUUUAAUGAAUUCAUCCCUAUGUGUGAAAAAGUGGAUGAUAUUAAUGCAGAUGUUAAUUCUAUUCCUGAAUUGAGUUUAAUACCAGGAGAAAAUAUAUUUGAAUACGCCGGCUACCGUAAAUUGUCACCAGAUUUUAAUUCCUAUGAUAAGAAUGGUGAAUUUAUUGGUUCAUCAAUCUAUACAUCAUGGAUAUCUGACCAGUUACAGACUUCAAAUUCCAAUAAUAUAAGAACAAACACAAAUCUUAACCAAACAAAAGACAAUGUUAGUAUGACAGGAGAUAAUAAUAGUAAUAGUAAUAGUGAUAAUGAUAUUAAUUAUGGUAUCUACGACAAAAAUACUAAUUUCAAUAGUUUAAAUGAUAUAAUGAUUACAAAACACAUAAAUGAGAUAAAUGAAAAUGAUUUAUUUAAAUAUUAUAUGGAUUAUAGGAGUAGUAAUAUUUUUAUAAACAAAAGUACUGGAGAACAAUUUAGAGCUAACAAUAUUUGGCGGACUCCGUAUGAUGAAAUCAAUAGGGACAUUACAUAUUUUGUGUUUGAUGCUACUUCAUGGUUAAGACAUUUUGCACACAUCUACAAAUUAGCCACAAAUGAAAUUUUAAAAUUUGCAGUGUGCUUAACAACUUUUCAAGAAUUAAGGUUUUUAAGAAAAUCUAAGGAUGAGAAUGUGGUAGAAGCUGCAUCAAGAGCUGUUAUUACUAUACGACAGUUAUAUGCAGAAGGUAAAUUACUACCAUUGAGAUUUACAGGUAAUGUUGCAACAGACAUUGAAGAACACUUGGAGUUUGAGGAACAAAUAACUUGGAGGUCACAUGUGGACGAAUUUGUAAUUGAAGCUGUGGUAAAAGCACAGAAUAAGUUCACAUCAAAUAGAAGUAAUAAUAUGGGUUGUUACAGCGAUCUUAAUGGUGAUGUGCUAUUAAACUCACUAGGCAAUUUUGACUCAUUUGCUUGUAAUAAUAGUGUUAUUAUGCAUAGUGGCACGCCUUCUUCAACAACAAUGGGUUCGAUUGUUAAUGAAGACGAUAUUACAAAUAUGACACCAAGUAAUGCUGGAAGUUUGGAAAACGAUAAUGGUGACAAUACUAUAACUAGCAAUGGCAACAAUGGUUCUACUGCUACGACUACCAUUACUACUACUAAUAAUAAUAGAAUGAAAAGGUUUCAAUACAUAGUACUGGUCACAAACGAUCAAAAUAUGAAAAGAAAGGCUCAAGAUCAAAAUAUUAAGACGUUUAGUACUGAUUUUAUUUUUACUAUCUGUAGUAAAUUAGGGAUGGAUCUUGAUAUUUGCACCAAUUAA